GAUUGUCCUGUGAGUGUUCCCCUUCUCCAUCUACCUGUCUGUCCCCCAAUUCCCCACUUCCCCAACCCAGGCGAUCCUCCGCCGCCGCCGCCGGCGGCCGGCCGCCUCCCUCCGCCGCCACGCAGCCGCGCCCCCUCCGCCGGACACUCCAGACCCCGGUGAGCCUCCCCUCCUCCGCCGGCCGCCUUGCCCGCGCCCGAACGCCACGCCAAGCUCAGGAUCAUUUCGUCGAUUUCGUGGAUUGGAUGGCCAACCUUGGCGGUGGCGCGAUGCCGGCGGGAUCCUCGGGCGGCGACGGCGAGGUGGAGGCCGGGUUCGCGAAGCUCCAGGGGGAGGAUUUCGAGUACUACAUGCAGACCUACUCGAUCAUGCUGGGGCGCAACAGCAAGAAGUCGACGGUGGACGUGGACCUCUCCAGCCUCGGCGGCGGGAUGAACAUCUCGCGCCACCACGCCCGGAUCUUCUACGACUUCCAGCGCCGCCGCUUCGCGCUCGACGUGAUCGGCAAGAACGGGUGCCUCGUCGAGGGCGUCCUCCACCUCCCCGGGAACCACCCCGUGAAGCUGGAUUCCCAGGAUCUGCUCCAGAUUGGGGACAAGAAGUUCUACUUCUUGCUGCCCACCCGGUCCAUCUUCGCGUCCGCCGCCGCUGCUCGGCAUCCGCCUAUCAUCCCGCAGCAGAUGCCUCCACCAUCCUAUGUGCGGACAGGCCGCCCUCGUCUGUCUGAAUUUCAUGACAGGUCCUUUGAGGGUGACUAUGGCCGGGAGGGUGAUGAGAUUGGGAAUGGUAUCAGUGAGAGUGGUGGGAUGAGGGGGAAGUUGAUUAAGAGGAACAAGAAGCUGUCCGCGGAGUCGGAGAUGUAUGGCGGGCACCGGAUCAAUGUUGAAGCAAUCGGGACACUCGGUGAAGGUGACAGCAGAUCAGAAAUAAGAUCAAGGGGUGACAGGGAUAUGGAUAACCAGCACAUCCUGCAAGCAGAAGAAAAGGAUGUAGUGUCAUCUGUUGCAACAGUGUUAUCUGACCUCUGUGGUCCUGGAGAAUGGAUGCCUAUGGCAAAACUCCACACAGAGCUUCUUGAACAGUUUGGCAAUGUGUGGCACCACAGCAGGGUCCGGAAGUACCUUUCACCAGAGGACUGGUCGCCAACUGAAACAAAAGGUAGGCCAUGGUACGGUCUCCUUGCAUUGCUGAGGAAGUAUCCGGAACAUUUUGUCAUCAACACAAGAUCGAAAGGCAGGGUAACAUCGGAGUUCGUCUCGCUGGUCUCUUUGCUCUCCUAGAGGUAACCUGGACCGUGGCAUAAUCUGUUCUCACCGUUCUGGCCCUGCUGAAGAAUGAUUCGCAUCUUCAAUCGCUGAACUGAAUUGAAGCCUGUUGUACUUUACUGGCCUGUGUUUACCCUUAGCUAUGUAAUCCGGAGAAAUACAUAGGGAAACAGGAUUUUAACUUAUGUUAGUAGCUGGGUUCAUGUCUCACUGUUGUGUGGGGUGAGAAUGUAUGUCUAGUGUUGUUGAGACUGGAAGCGCGAAAGUUCACAGCAUUUUGCUGAUUGGAAGAUUUUGAAACUUUGCCGUACUCGAAGAAGUGUAGUUGUUCAUCCUUCAUAUAUA